AUGCGCGUUGCUACCGUCAUCCUCGGCGCUCUCGCCGCAACCGCCGCCGCCGCGGGCGACGUCCACCUCAAGCUCAACAAGAGAAUCGAGCCUACCAAGAUCAUCCAAGUCCUUGAAGCCCGCGGCACGCCCGAGUGCACGAACGCUCUCAAGGCCUUCGUUGACGCCGUCACCGGCUCCGACCCCCUACCCACGCCACCCGCCGACCUCGAGGAGUGGGCCGCCACCGCAGCCAUUGCCAAUUCCGCGGUAGACCCCUGCAGCACCGUCUCCGUCACCGACUCCAUGAGCGCCGUGUAUACUUCCUGGUCCAACGCCUUGAUGUCGUGGCAGACCGCCCACAUGUCGGAGAUGCGGAACGCGUGGCACGAGUGUACCGAUAUCCCCAUCAUCUCGGCCGAGGUCAAGGGCCUUCUGGCUUCUGGCGGCUACUGCAGCAGCAGGCUGGCUGCGCUCACUAGCGAGGCAACCGGUGCUGAGGCGACCGAGGCCAAGGCGACCGGUGCCGCUGCUACCGGUGCCGCUACUACCGCUAGCCAGAACGCCGGACCAAAGGAAACUGGUAUUGCUGUUGCCGCUGUCGCUGCUGCCGGCUUCGUCUUUGCUGCCAUGCAAUGA